AGGAGGAGCAGAGCGAAGAGCAGAGAGAGACAGACGGUUGCAGAGUACAGAUAACCAGCAGCUUUAAAACCAGUUAACCAGCAGGUUUAUAACCAGUUAACCAGCAGCUUUGUAACCAGUUAACCAGCAGCUUUAUAACCAGUUAACCAGCAGCUUUGUAACCAGUUAACCAGCAGCUGAAUCGACAGUCAACCAGGAGCUGUGAAUGUUUGGAUCAGAUGGAGUCUGAGGAGAAUCUGCUCAACGCUUAUCUGCUGCUGCUGCUGAUCGGAUCCCACGUCACUCUGGUGGGUCCUUCUACCCCUGAGGAGGGCUGGCAGGUGUACAGUUCAGCUCAGGACUCUGAAGGUCGCUGUGUUUGUACAGUGGUGGCUCCGCAGCAGACCGUCUGCUCCAGAGAUGCUCGAACCAAACAGCUACGACAACUGCUGGAAAAGGUGCAGAACAUGAGUCAGUCCAUCGAGGUUCUGGAUCAGCGCACUCAGAGAGAUCUGCAGUUUGUGGAGAAGAUGGAAGUUCAACUGAAAGGUCUGGAAAACAAAUUCAAACAGGUGGAGGAUGGACAUGAGACCAACAUCGCCAGACAGUACAGGUCCAUCAAAGCCAAGAUGGAGGAGUUACGUCCACUCAUCCCAGUCCUAGAGGCAUACAAGGCGGAUGCUCUGCUGGUCCGACAGUUCAAAGAGGAGGCAGCGAAUGUAACGGAGCUGCUGGGAACGCUGCAGGAACAAAUGGGGGGUCUGGACUACCAGGAGCUCCACAGCCGAGUGAUGAGCCUGGAGGACCGGCUGAGGGCCUGCAUGCAGAGGCUGGCUUGUGGGAAGCUGACGGGAAUCUCUGAGCCAAUCACCAUCAAGACAUCUGGAUCUAGGUUUGGAUCAUGGAUGAUGGAUCCGCUCGCUCCGGCUGGAGACAACAGAGUGUGGUACAUGGAUGGUUACCAUAACAACCGUUUUGUUAGGGAGUAUCAGUCGAUGUACGACUUCAUGAUGACAGAUAAUUUUACAUCUCACCGUCUGCCUCACCCCUGGUCCGGUACCGGGCAGGUGGUUUAUAAUGGAUCCAUUUACUUCAACAAGUUUCAGAGUCACACCAUCAUCAAGUUCGACUUCGGCACGUCACUCAUCAGCCGCUCGCGACAGCUCGACUUCGCUGGUUACAACAACAUGUACCAUUAUUCCUGGGGGGGACACUCCGACAUCGACCUCAUGGUGGACGAAGGCGGGCUCUGGGCCGUCUACGCUACCAAUCAGAAUGCUGGGAACAUUGUCCUCAGCCAGUUAAACCCAAACACUCUGCAGAUCAUCCGCAGCUGGACGACCAACCAUCCAAAACGCAGUGCUGGCGAGGCGUUCAUGAUCUGUGGAACCCUGUACGUCACCAACGGUUACUCAGGUGGAACCAAAGUGUACUAUGCCUACUCCACCAACUCCUCCACCUACGAGUACAUCGACAUUCCUCUGACCAAUAAAUACAGCCACCUGUCCAUGCUUGACUACAACCCUCGAGACAGAGCGCUUUAUGCCUGGAACAACGGCCACCAAGUUCUCUACAACGUCACGCUGUACCACAUAAUCCAGUAACAUGAAGUAAACAGAGUAUAAUGUUACUAAUACACCAUGCAGAAAUCAAUCUAAAUGACAGCAACACAUGCUCUGUCAUUUUAAAUAUUAAAAUUAAAGAAUAAAUAUAGCACUGAAGAGUGAACACAAACCCCUUAAUUAGUUGUACACUAUCAGAUGAUACACUACAAUUACACAAUUUCUUUUAUAUACAAUAAAUCUUAAUGUUCUCUGACUUUCAGAGAGUCAGAAGAGGAAAAGGUAUCAGGUUAAUUUCUGUGCUUCCAGGACAGAGAGAGGUUUUUCAAUAAAAUGGAGAAACAGCUAGCUAGGGGUUUGGGUAACUUUAACUCUAUCUAAAAAAAAAAAUCCAUCCUCCAAGAACUUCAACAUGUUUCCUAAACUGUGUCCUCGUUCACUCUGUGGAGAGCAGUAAAGAGUUAGAACUGGAAGUUUGUCCACUAUUAAACAGUAGACCUGCAGCUCUUAUGGGUUUUCUUUUGUUAGAUUCCUUCCUGCUUGCUUUCCCAUUUGUCUCUCUUUUAGUCUUCAUGUACUUUUCUGAUACUUCCUGUUUUAUUUUGAAAUCACCUUCCCUUGUGUGUUGCUUGUGUUUUUACUUCCUGGCUUUGUCUGUUUCCCUCCUCUUUUGGUUGCCCUCAUGAACUUCAGCUGUGUCUUGUCUUCCCAAUCAUUUGUCUUUAGAAAUGUUCACUUUCUGUGUUGCAGCCCGACUGCUUCCUCCUGCACAGGUUUGGUUUUUGUGCUUUUUUUGGGAUUUGUUACUUUUCUCCUGACUUUUUCCCUUUGAGAAUCACUUGGAUUUAUUGUUUGUGUUUUUCCUAGACCUUCAGUGGCUCUUUAGUUUGCUCUCCUGCCAGACAUUGUUACAGCUGUUAAGUUUUAAUUGAAGUUUGUUGAACAGUAGACUUUGGAGUCCAUCCCACUGUCAGUCUAUUGUCCAAACAGCAGAGUUAGAACCAGGAGAGGCUGUUUGGUGGUUCAGCCAAGAGCUCCAAAAGGAACUGCUGCUUAAGCCGCAGUGUCUUCCUUCCACAUUAACAUUCCUACAUAAGAAGCUAACCCUAACCUUCUGUUUGUAAAAACUUGUUGGACCUCUCUCAGUGCUGGAAUGUUUCACAAAGCACUGGACUGUUAACUUCCGUCUUUGACUGAUUUUACCAAUGAAUGUUUUUUUUAGAUCAAUAACUGACGUAUUGGACACAAAUGCACUUCAAACUGAAACCACAUGCUGAUACAAUCACAGAAAUGAAACUUUGUCUUUCACAGUAAGAGACACCACCAUGGUGAAAUUAUUUACACUGAAGAAUGCAUCACAUGUUUUGUGAUAGAUUUUUUUCCUCUAUUGAAAAUCUUUUCUGACUUUAUGAAACUAGACGUACUGUUUGUACUCUAAUUCUUUUCUUACUGUUGUGUAAAAUACAGCAAUAUAAAAUGUUUGUUUCUCUUCCCUUGAUUUUAAAUUGAUUGUUUUUGCUUGAGCAGAUGUUACAUGUGAUCUUUCUCUCCUUCAUUUUAUCUAGAAUUAACUCUAAAUUCAUCCUUUUGUUGGCUCUUACAGCUGGUUAAAGUAAGUUUUAAAGUGAAGUUUAGCCAUUGAAAAUGUGACCUGUGUGUUUGGUGCCUGAUGGUUACCUACAACUGUUGUGUAAUUGUGCAUGGCUUCACUGAGCUGCUGGUCCAUUAAUGCUCAUGUCAGAGUCCUUAAAGGGACAGAAUACGAUUCUAGUUCAACACACUUUUUGUCAGUUUCCAGUAAUAUUUGUAGACUGUUCACUUCCUGCUCUGUUUGUUCAUACUCAGCCCUGCUUCUAUUCAUAGGAAAAUGAAUCGCACAUGAAAUCCGGCACAUGCUAGCUAUCUAAAUAUGUUAACUAGCUAAACAUCAACCAUUCUUCUGCAGAAUCACAGGCUCCACGUCAAACUCUAAGAGCUUCCUUCAGCAUCAGAAGUGUCUUCUACCAUGUGGUUUGUCAGACAGGAUGAAUCAAGAACAACUUCUGAGAGACAAGUCAGUGGAAGCAUGUUAGAAAUGUUCUUUGCAGGUUCUGUUCAAACUCUGUCAGCCACACAUGAGCUCAGAGAUUCUUUUUUGUUCUCGCAUCUCUUUUCUUUUGCUGUCAGUGUAUCUCCUAUGUGACUGUGGGAAUAAGAGUGGAGUGCUGUACUUCAUUUUAAUAAUUAACUGAAGGAUUUAAUUGUAGUAGCUUGCUUGUUUGUUUUCUAUGGCAAGAGAUUUCUACUCUAUUUCAUUCAGACUGCAGUUUUACUGUGGCGUACGUAAGGAGAUGUUUUUAUUCAACAGACUGCAUGUAAAAUGUAGAAGGAUAGCUCAGUUAUUAUGACCAAUGGCCUUAAUAUUUGCCGUGUUUUGGAUUCCUCACCCAAAUUUUUUUAAAAAGAAAAAUGAAACUCAGAGGCUUAAUUUGAUAACAUUUGCAUGAAAAGGAUGUUGGUGGGAAACACUGUUAAAAAUUGUUAUUAAAAUAACAUUUUCUAGCCCA